AUGUCUCUGGAGGAUUCCUUCGUGUUAGGUCCAGAUGACAGCGGGCUGUCGGGUCUCAAUGUCUCCAGACUGUUUUUUGACUCCACGGGAGAAGAGCACCAGUACAGCAUAUGGCUCCCAGGCAUCGGAAUUGCUGCUGUCUACGGUAUCAUCAUCAUCAUAGGUCUGGUGGGAAAUGUGACUUUAAUGAAGAUAUGUCUAGUGGUGAAGUCCAUGCGUACGGUGCCAAACUUGUUCUUGUCCAGCCUGGCUCUGGGGGACCUGCUGCUGCUAGUGACCUGCGCCCCGGUGGACGCCAGCAGAUACCUGGUGGACGAGUGGCUCUUCGGCCGGGUUGGAUGCAAACUCAUCCCGUUCAUCCAGCUCACCUCGGUGGGAGUGUCCGUUUUCACCCUUACUGCUCUCUCCGCUGACCGUUACAGAGCGAUUGUCAAACCCCUGGACAGGUCCAGCGCUACACUCGGUAUCUGUCUACGAGCUGGGGCAAUCUGGCUUCUCUCGGUGACUCUGGCAAUUCCUGAAGCUGUCUUCUCUGACCUGCACACCUUCACCACCAGCCACACCAAUGAGACAUUUGUGACCUGUGCACCAUACCCCCACGCUGGGGAGCUACACCCAAAGAUUCACUCCACUGCCUUCUUCCUGAUCUUCUACAUCAUCCCACUCUCCAUCAUAUCCAUCUACUACUGCUUCAUUGCCUGCAGCCUGGUCAGGAGCUCUGUGGCCAUCCCCGCUGAAGGACACCAGCACCUGCAGAAACAGAUAAGGUCCAGGAAGCGUCUGGCUAAGACUGUGCUGGUGUUUGUUGGCUUGUUUGCUGUCUGUUGGCUGCCCAGUCAUGUGAUCUACCUGUACCGCUCCUAUCACUACGACCAGGUGGAUACGUCGCUGGGCCAUUUCAUCGCCAGUGUGUGCGCUCGCAUCUUGGCCUUCACCAGCUCCUGUAUGAACCCAUUUGCCCUCUACAUGAUGAGCAAAAGCUUCAGCAAACAUUUUAACAAGCAGCUGCUGUGCUGCCAUCCUCAGAAACGCUUGAACAGCCAGAAUAGCAGGAACACAAACAUAACCACUGUCUGA